GAGAUAAUCCAUCCACAAUACGAGACACAGACGGAGUGAAGAGACACACUGUUCUUCUGAAGUUUAACAACUUUUCUGCAUCAGGAUCAAAGUCAGAAUGAAAAUCCUCCAUUUUCUAUUUUUCUGCUUCUUUUCAGAUCCAGCUCGGCUCGUCAAGGCAAAACAUAAUAUCUGGUCUGCUGCUGAAAGAGCAAAUGGUACACUUAGCUGCAACUUAUUUUUGUCUGGAAGCACAAAGUUUUUCUGCAAGGAAAAAUGUGAGCGAGCAGAAGAUACCCUCAUUAAAACAGAUGGAAGCACAGCUCAGAGUGGGAGAUUCAGCAUUAAAUAUGAAGAUGGAGCUUCAGGAAGUGGAACUUUGCUUUUGUUCUUCACACACCUGAUCAAGUCUGACUCAGGAAUGUACAGGUGUGCUUUGGGAAGCUCUUCUGUUCCAGAUUCUUACUAUGACUUUGAGGUCAGAGUUUCAAAUGAUCUGGAUAAAAAUGCUGGUUUUUAUCGCACCGAAACUGAAGGAGAAAAAAUCACAAUGGCAUGUUCCAACAACACAUAUGGACAGAGGAAGUUCGUAUGUAAGAAUCAGUGUAAGAAUGAAGGGGAGAUCCUCAUUGACACAACUAAUAACAAAUCUGUGAAUGGCAGAUAUAAAAUUGAAUACAGACCAGGAUCCAUGUAUGGACUGUAUAUGAACAUCAGAAAGCUGACCAAGUCAGACACAGGAUGGUACUUGUGUGGUUAUGGAAACCCUCUGUCUCCUGAUUCAUACGCCAGAGAAUAUGUUCUUGUCAUUGAUGAUACAAACCCAGUUAUUUCCACACCACAAGGAACAGAGUGAAAGUGUCACUCCAGGAGUCUCUACACAUUACACUUUAUUUUUUUUUUUUAAAUAAACAAUUGUUAUGUUGAGGUGUCCAAUCGAUCUGUAGUAAUUA